AUGGUGCGGUGCGAUGUUGUAUUUCUUCUUGUUGCUGUGCUUGAACGCGCUCACGCGGGAGACGCUGGGCCGCCUGCUGCGGGAGUGGCGCCCGAUGAGGAUUAUUCGGACGCAUUCCUGGAUUCUUAUCAGCUGAUCGAGAAGUACGGGUUCCGCGCGGAGCGGCACCGCGCGGUCACGCGGGACGGCUACGAGCUGACGCUGUUCCGCGCGCGGGGGGCGGGCGCGGGGGGCGCGGGGGAUGCGGGGGACGCGGGGGCGCCGCCCGUGCUGCUGCUGCACGGCGUGUCGGACAGCUCGGACUGCUGGCUGCUGCUGGGCCGGCGCUCGCUGGCGCUGCGCCUGGCGGCGGCGGGGCGCGACGUGUGGCUGCUGAACGCGCGCGGCAAUCGCUACAGCCGCGGCCACGCGCGCCGCCCGCCUCCGCCGCCGCGCGACUACUGGGACUUCAGCUUCGAGGAGGUGGGCACGGAGGACCUGGCGGCCGCCGUGGACCUGGUGCUGGCCGCCACGCGCCGCCCGCGCCUGCACUACGUGGGCUUCUCGCAGGGCACCACGGCCUUCCUGGCGCUGUGCUCGCUGCGGCCCGAGUACAACGAGCGCGUGGCGCGCGCCGUGCUGCUGGCGCCCGUGGCGUGGAUGACCGGCGUGGACUACCCCUACGCGCCGCUGCUGGCGCCGCACCUGCCGGCGCUGGGGCGCGCGCUGGACGCGCUGGGCGUGCACGAGCUGUUCCCCUGGAACCCCGCCAUGAACGCGCUGCACGCGGGUGCGUGCCGCGAGGGCCGCGCCAGCAAGGCGCUGUGCGACCUGGAGUACCUGGCGUUCUUCGGCGUGCGUUCCCCGCGGGCCGUGGCGCGGCUGGCGGUGGUGGCGGCGCACGUGCCGGCCGGCGCCUCGCGCGGCGCCUUCGAGCACUACCUGCAGGUGUACGCGGCGGACCGCUUCCUGCGGCGCGACCGCGGGCGCGCGGGGAACCUGGCGCGCUACGGGCGGGUGGCGCCGCCGGACUACGAGCUGGGGCGCGUGGCGGCGCCCGUGGUGCUGCUGGGCUCGGCGGACGACUGGUUCAGCUCCGCGCCCGCGCUGCGCCGGCUGCAGGCGGCGCUGCCCCGCGUGGACCGCGCGCUGGUGUUCAACCAGUCGCUGCACUUCACGCACCUGGAGUUCGUGUACGGCGCGCGCGUGCACCUCGUCAACGACGUGGUGCUGGAGGAGCUCGGGGCCGCUGACGUGUGAGCUCCAUGGCAGCUGAUGUGUGAGCUCGAUGUCAGCUGACGUGUGAGCUCGGUGCCAGCUGA